CUCCUGGUCGGGUUGCGCUGCUCCCCGUUAAAAUCUCAGCGCGCCAGACGGAGAAAGGCGGCGCGCAGGAGGAGCUCGAGCGCUUUGAUGCGGGGUUUUAUUGAUUUGUGCAGCGCGGCAUCAUCAAACAGAAUUAACGGAAAUAAAGAGAAAGUGCUGGAGCUGCAGUUUCACACUGAUCUCCGUUCGGCGCGCGAGACUCUGAGAUUCUCUUCUUUUACACCAAAAUCGGACCCGAGGAAAACAAGCGCGGUGAUCUGAGAUGUCGGAGGCUCUGACACAGCAGGAGAGACUACAGGCCAUCGCUGAGAAGAGGAAAAAGCAGGCUGAAAUAGAGAAUAAGAGGAGACAGCUGGAGGAUGAACGCAGACAACUACAACACUUAAAGUCGAAGGCUCUGAGGGAGCGGUGGUUGUUGGACGGUGCGCCCUCCAGUGGAGAAAACGAGUUUCAGAGGCAGCUGCAGGAAGACGAGGCUAAAACCAGGGGGCUGGAGCAGAGCGUUCUCAGGUUGGAGCAGGAGAUCGAGGAGCUCGAGACCGGAGUCCCUGCGUCUAAAUCCACCGCAGAUAAACAGGACGUUAUAAAUACGCCUGAUGGCCCCGUAAAAGUGGAGAAUGGCAUCCCUAAAACCAGGCAGGUGACAGGUAUCGAGGCAAAGCUAGAAUGCCCAAAUUUGGAUGCCAAGGCCAUUGAGAAUGCGAGCGCAGAUCACCCAGUCACUAUGGUGUUCAUGGGCUACAAAAACGUGGAGGACAAGGAUGAGACCAAGAAAGUGCUGGGCAUCGAAGACGCGGUGAAGGCCGAGUUCGUCGUCAUUGAAGACAGCGAGAACAAAGCAACGACAGAGGAUGGAAAAAAUGAAGAGAAAGCUCCCCUGAAUGGCGCCCCCUCCAGUCCAGACGACAAGAAACAGGACGAGGCUGCAAACGGAGACGAGGUGAAACAGGACGAGGGCAAGAAAGAAAAGCAGCCGUGCAAGUGCUGCACUGUCAUGUGAGCAUGGGGGAGGCCAAAACUUUUACUCAAAAUAAAUACUAGAUAUUAAAAAAAAAUACAAGAUCCAGAGAGGAACUGCUGACACUUCAGUAAUUAGUGCAAAUGUUGUAAAAAUUGCACUGCAUGUGCAAAACAUGUUAUGAAUGUUAUCACUAUUAUAAUAGAGACACUAGUGCAGUACUAGCGAUAAGAUCACUGAGGACAUCAUUGCUAAAGAUAUCAUUAAUAACCUUACUGUUAGUGUUGCUGACAGUGCUGACAAAAAUGCUGUUGUUGUUAGCAAUAUUACUUCACUGAUAGCAUUUUGUGUGUUAUUUUUACUGUAAAAAAUGCUAACUUAAGUCUUUUAUAUGGAUAGUGUAAAAGUGCUGUAACAGAAAUGAAGCAGAUCCGUCAGAAACAUCAACAUUUACCUCAAAUCUGUUGAUAAAUUACUAGGAAAAGACUUAGAAUGGCUAAAGUUGCUAUGUAACAGCACUUAGCAUCAACGUGACAGCAUUUAUUAUGAAUGUGAUAAUGAUAACAUUGGCAAUCUCACUGUUAGCAUUGCUAGUAGUAACAGCAUUAUUACCUGUUACUGCCAAAAGGCCAUUUUACUGCCAGUUAUGCUAAAAAGUAAAUUGGAUAUCUUUUUAUAUGGACAUUCUAAAGGUGCAGUAACUAUGGAAACAAGAUAGAAACAUCAAGAAUAUCAACAUGCACCUCAGCUGUGUUGGAAAAAUACAAAGAAAGUAUUCAGUAUGGCUAGAAUUACAUUUAAUUACACUUAGCAUCAACCGGUAAUUUAAACAUGGUACUGUCAUGCUGACGAGCGUGAAGUCAGAAAAAUUAUGAAUACUGCAAAAGGUGACUGCUAGAAAAAAGUUCUAUACAAACUUUAUUGUUAAUACUAAUGUUAUCACUUGCAUUUACAUAACAGCUUUCAUUAUUAAUGUGGUAAUGCUAAUAAUAUUAACGAUGUCCCUGUUAGCAGUGCUAGUAAUAACAAUAUUGAAAUCUCUCUUAACAUUCCUAAUCUCUAUUAUUCUUAUAAUUAGGGAUUUUGUAUUUGCCAAAAGACCUCCAUUUUACUGCAAAUGAUGCUAAAAAUUUAGCUAGCACGUAAUUUUUCUAUCUUAUAUUAGUGUAAAGAUGACAACGUUAACGUGACAUUAAUAGCAUCACUGCUAGCUUUAUUAAUGAUAUGACAUCAUGAUAUUCAUGACAUCCAUUAUUAAUGACAGUAAUAACAUUCAUGACAUUGCUGUCAUUAAUAAGUGAUAGCAUUCAUGACAUCACUGUUCCCUUAUUAAUGAUAACAUGAAUGACAUCACUGUUAUGACAGCGAUAACAUUCAUGAGUUCACUUUUGUUAAUAUUAAUGACAUCACUGUUUGCUUAUUAAUGAUAACAUUGACAUCACGGUUCGCAUUGUGAUUUUUACACUCUUAUUACUGCAGUGUAGCUGUACUUCCUCUCUGUGUUUAUAUAUAUAUAUAUAUAUAUAUAUAUAUAUAUAUAUAUAAAUGUAAUGUAUUUGUACGUAUGUUGUUCAGUUUGUACUUUUUUUAUUUCUAUUGAUAUUUUUCUAUUUUUCUGUCUUGACAUUUCUAUAUAUAUAAAUAAUAAAUAUAAGCUUAUAUUUUCAUUAUGUAAUCUUAUGUAAGUGCUUCUGGAGGGACAGAAGGGCGGAGUUUGGUGUCGCUUCACUUAUUUUAUUUUUAAACAAAAACAUGAAGGACAUCUCGCUAUGAACAUUUCUGUCUGUGUUUUCUAAUCUAUAGGUUCAUUAUCCAUCAGAUCAAAAUAUAUUAGAGUUAUGCUUUUAUAAUGUAUGUAAUGUGUUUUAUUUCGUGUUUGAUCAUCUCAGACCACUGUGAGGAUGUAGUACGUACACACACACACACACACACUUCAUGGUCGGAAAAGAUAUGUGUAAAGUGUGUAAAUAUAUGUGAUAUAUUGUUUAUGAUGGUUUAUGACCCACACACGAAAUAAAAGUCUGCUAAAAAACAGUUCACAUUCUGUUUCUUCACUGUGGGCGUGUUCCAAACCACACCCUGUUCACUAUAUGGUGCACAUAAACAUCAUUAGUCCGCUGUGGCUGUGUCUCGAACUCUUCCUAUGAGGACUGGGUUGAGUUUUAUUAAACUUGGAAUCUGAGUGCCGUUUGUGUCAUUGUGCUGUGUUUGGUUCUGUUCUUGUGGAUGAUGGAACCCUGUCCUUUGUUCUCACUGUCUCCUGCUGUGGUCCAAGUGCUUUAUUCAGGAUGAAAUACAAAUAAAAAGUGUUGUGUUAUGA